AUGAAAGAAAGCACUACAAGUAAUGGCAAGAGAGGUAGUAUGUUCAAAGGUUCGAAUCAUUCCUCAUAGGCUGAGAACGAGAGAUGGGACCAUGGGGCUUAUGAAUAAAUUCUACAGUAAGAAAAAGAAUAGGAAAAGUCAUUUGGAUCGAAGAAGUCAUUAGAUUAUAGCAAUGGACCUCAUAAUAAAGAUGAAUCGACGAGUUCACAACAAAAUUCAACAUACCAUCAUCAUUAGCAGUAGAAUAAUAAUUACAACAACUAAGGCGGCUAUAAACAGAAUAAUUUCAAUUAGAAGAAGGGUAAUUACUAUCAGGAUUACAAUUCGAAUUGGGAUAAUCAGAGUUAUUAGCAUUAUGGAAAUUCCUAUCAUAAUCAUAAUAAUGGAGGAGGGAUGGAUGCUGGAGGAAAUCCUGGUAAUCAUAGCAAUAUAGCCAAAAACAACAAAAGAGGAACCUAUAACAACAAUAGCAAUCCCAAUGGCAAUACUAAUGGGAAUUAGUUCUACUCCAGUAAUGAUGGCUACAAUAAAAAAUUCAACAAUAAUCGAGGGAAAAUGCAGAAUAAUAACUCAGGAAAUUACAAUAAUCAUCAUCACAACAACAAUGGAGGUAGUAGGAAUAAUUACAACUAAGGAAACAACUAUAACAAUAAAACUUCGCAUGAAGGAGGAGUUCGCAAUCUAAAAUCCAGUUUUAAUGGAUCUAAUUAAGUUCUUAUACAGACAUUAGAUGGUGGAAACAGAAAAAAGCAUUUAGUCAAUGGAACCAAUAAUAGCACUACAAUGAAAAAAGACAAAUAAAAUCAUUAAACAAAUCAACAGCAUUAAUAGUUCGAGUUAGCGACAGCCAUUAUGGAAGAGUAAGCUAAAAAUUUCUAGAGAGAUCAAAACGAUGAAGAUCUUGACAAAAAUGACACUAGCUCUUAAAACUCAGGCAAUCACAGGUAAAUUAAGUUAAAAUAGAAAACCAAUCUAUUAUAUGUCCUCAAUCUAAAGCUAAUUGGACUAGAAGUUACAAUAGAAAUCUAAGAGUAAGAUACAAUUGAAGAAAUUAUUGAAGAUUUGGCCUUUAAAUAUAAACUCGCCGCCGAUUUUCAAGAUGCACUUGAGACUUAUAUAAUUGACAGAUUAGAGAAGGAAGGCCUCUAAAACCUGGUCAAUUCUAACAAAUUUGAAUAAAUUAUUUAGCCACCACCACCUUUAAUUUAGCAUCAGCACUUUCAACAGCAGCACUUACAGUAACUGCAGUAGUAAUAAAUACAGGCACCACCACCAUUAAAUAAUCCUUUCAACAUGCAAAAGUUGUUAAUGCCUCAAUACGAUGAUUGA